GUAAACAUUAAGCGAUUAGCGAAUACAAAUGUCAUUGACCGAGCAUCAGCAACAGUUUCAGAGCUUUGGUUUAAUGUUGCAGCACUGGUUGGGAAAAAGAUAAUUUGUCCUCGCCUUGUGACAGUCUGAGUAAUGUCUCUGACUGGUUCCAGCAGAUGGAUAGUUGCCGUGAUAUGCAGUGCCUUGAAUUUCCUUCACUUGGGUACAGCUCGUCUUUCUGGUACUAUGUAUCUUGCCGUCUUGGAGAGAUAUCACGUCGACAGAAGCAAAGCCUCACUUCCAUUUAUACUGUGCUACACAGUGAGGAAUAUAUCGGGCCCUUUGGUCGGAUAUUUAUCGACAAAGUUCGGUAUCUACACGGUGACUAUGUUGGGCGGCCUAAUAGCAUUUGUUGGCAUUGGAGGUUGUUUCUUUGCUGAAGAUAUUGUUGUGGUUAUCCUGUGUUGGGGAGUUGUAUUUGGUUUUGGAUUUGGAAUGGGUUCAGUCUUAAUUCCGGAAAUUCUAAACCAGCAUUUUGACAAGUACGUUUCGAAUGCCAACGGAAUAGCUUUUGGGGGGGAGUGCAUUGCCGGAUUUGUGUUGCCUAUAUUUUUGAAAUUUUCUUUCAAUACUUAUGGCACAUCAGGGACAUUCUUAAUAUUGUCUGGUCUAAUGUUAAACAGCAUCCCUGUUACACUCCUGUUGAAACAUUUCUCCCACUGCCAGGCGCCUGAACAGCAUCAACGUACUCAAAGUCAAGAGCAUUCUACUGGUGAAAAUGGACUGCAUUGCUCAAUAAAUGGAGCAAACAAUGAUUCUUUUGAAAUUGAAGACUGUGAUAUGCCUCUUGUAACAACGGCAUUAUUGGCAAAAAAGGAAUCGUAUCCAAAAUCUUCAGAAAUAAAAGAAUUUCCAUCUGUAGAAAGGUUUAGUAUAAUGGGAAAGGAUGAAAUAAAUAAAAGUAAUUUUAAUGUAAAAAAUUCAAAUUUUAAUAGAAAUAUUUAUUUAGAUGUCUCCAAGGAACAUCUACUUCCAGAUUUAAAAAUGCGAACCAAUAAAAGAAAUUGUCCAGUAAAUAGAUACAAUGCAAAAGUUUAUAAAAAACUAAACAUUCAAACAAGAAAAUCUGACUGUCAAGAUUCAAAAGCAUCAACAUCUAAAGACAUUAUCUUUCACUCAUAUCCAGGGAAACAGAGAAAAUGUAGCUAUGCUUUUUAUUCUAAAAUAAAUAUUCCAAAUCAUUCUAAGACAGAAAACCAGUAUGCUUCAAUGAAAUAUUAUGGAUCUUUGGACCGUGAAAUUCAAAAGUUUGGUAACUUAUCUGAAGAAUUAAGCAGUCUGCCAGAGCUACCAAUAACAUCUACCAAUGAAAAGUCAUCAGACAAUCUCUACAAACACAGCAUUAAAGUGACAUUACCAAAUAUUUCGACAUCAUAUUUAACGGCAUCUUCGCCAGAACAGACCUCGCCAUCCAAUCCUUUUAAAAUCUUUUUAGAUCCAGUUUUCUGUGUGAUACUUCUGACUCAAAGUACCAUGCUCUACAACGUUACAUUGGUCUGGACAGUAAUUGUAGAUUUCUCCAGAGACAGUGGUCUAUCAUCCAGAGAAGAAAUUUACGUCUUGAUUUUUUUCUCUGUUUUGGAUAUGAUAGGGCGUUUGGGUCUAGGCUGGUUUACUGAUGCUGGCUGUGUGUCAAAUUCGACAUUUUCUGGUGUGUGCUGUUUUGGCAUGGGUAUUUCCGUCGGAGCUUUAGUCUUUUUCAGAGAAGUUGCUGCAAUCGGAUCUUCUAUGUCUCUUUUUGGGCUGUGUCUUGGAGGAUUCUUGAUUGUUUGUCCAGGGGUGGUAAAUGACCAUAUUCAACCAGAUAUGAGAGGAAUGGCAUUAGCUUCGAGGCUCUUUCUGUUUGCACCGAUGAGUUUAUCCCAAUCUCCAUUAAUAGGUUACUUCAGAGAAAAACUGGGUUCCUACAAUUCCAUAUUCAUCAUAGUGGCAGUUUUGUGCAUAUUCAGUUGCUUCAUGUCACUACUUACGCCCUAUGCAGAGAAAUUCAGAGAAAGAAGGCACAAAAAUAAUGGAAUUUUAGGUAGAAAUGUUGAUGCUUUUGUAUCUACUGCAAGUUCGAUAGAACAUCUAACAAAUGAAAUGAAAGUUUUGCUAAAAUAGAGCAACCAGGGAGAAAAAUAGAGCUGUUCUUGAAGAUCAAUAAUGAGGAUUUUGAAACAACGAGAGAUGAUGACAUUGAUAAUUGCAGAAUCUAUCUAAAUUACAACUUUUUUUU